AUGUUCAAACAGUUUCAAAUUCCAAUGAAAGCCGCUGCUAAAGCCAGUGUUCGUGGUAGAAGAGGAUCGAAACCAAGUAAGCCACUUUUGCCGCCUCUACAGCUUUAUAGACGCAUUCUUAGAGAGCACCGGAACUUGCCUGCUGCACAAAGAGAAUUGGGGGAUCAAUAUGUCAAGAACGAGUUCAAACUUCAUAAAAGCACGAGCAAUCCUCUCCAUAUUGUUGGUUUUCUCGCGUCAUGGCAAGAUUACUUGCACAUUGUUACCAAUGGACAAUGGCAUGAGGCCACAAUGUCCGCUGAGCUGCUGGAUAAAUUGUCGCCCGACCAAGUGACACAGCUCUACGAGCUCAUGAAAGAGGCAGAAACCGUACGUCAAUCAGAGUAA